UUCCUGACGUAAUGAAGGGUGGAACUCCUUAUAAUGGCAUUUCUCCCGGAAGAGGGAGUCCGCGCACGCAUCGACCGGAGCGAGAGCAAGGGCGCGCCCAUCAACGCAACACACUUCAUCCGGCAGAGCUGCACGGGACUUGCUUGGGAAGAAUGUUUCUAAAGAAGUGUGUUUUUGGUUGUAAGGGAAAGUUAAGCUUGUUCAGCUUCCCAAAAGAACCCAACGUUAAGUGAACAGUGGAUGCAGUUUGUUUUUCGGUUCAGCAGUAGAGUUUUGCAAGUGUGUUUGUUGACGAACGUUUUAUAAACAAGGCAGUUCGACGCUGGAUUUGCGUAUCGUUUGAUACUGAAAGAUGGAGCGGUAUCAGCUAUAAAAGAUCCUGGUCAUGAUUCAGAACUGCAGAUGGCUGUGAUUGCACAAUUUAAAUUAACAGAAAUCACAGACCUGCUUGAUCAUCAGGUUCCAGGCUAUUUGAAUGACAAAAACCAUUAUCAGCCUAUAAAGUAUAAAAGGCAGCAGUCAGACAGACAGCAACUGGACAGAAUCCCACAAAGACUAGCAAACAUGGGCAAGAUCAUCUUCUACGAGGACAGGAACUUCCAGGGUCGCUCCUAUGAGUGCAGCAGUGACUGCUCUGAUAUGUCUACCUACCUCAGCCGCUGCCAUUCAUGCAGAGUGGAGAGCGGCUGCUUUGUGGUCUAUGACCGUCCUAACUACAUGGGAAACCAGUUCUUUAUGAGGAGGGGCGAGUAUGCUGAUGGAAUGCGCAUGGGAAUGAGUGAUGGCAUCAGGUCCUGUCGCAUGGUUCCUCAGUACAGGGGACCCUACAGAAUGAGGAUCUAUGAGAGGGAGAACUUUGGAGGUCAGAUGAACGAGCUGACAGAUGACUGCGAAUCCUUCGUGGACCGUUACCGCAUGUCUGACUGCCAGUCCUGCCAUGUGAUGGAUGGUCACUGGCUCAUGUAUGAGCAGCCCCACUACAGAGGCAGGAUGAUAUACUUCAGACCUGGAGAAUACAGGAGCUUCAGGGAUAUGGGAUACAGCAACGCCAGAUUCAGCUCUGUUAGAAGAAUCAUGGACUUGUGUUAAAUUCACAGUCUGAAAACAUAAAUGAUAAUAUAAGCAUAAACAA